UCAGAAUGCAAGUGGGCAGGCGUUUUAGUAGCAGCGAGCUGAAAUAUCACACAAGAUCGUUCACCUGGAGUUGCAGUAUUUGUAUAUUUUCACAUCGAGUUAUUGGUGGACAAUGUUGAGGACCAUGUCGACAAUGCCGAACCUGAGACCAAGAUUCUGACUGAUCUGCAAGCUGGAAUUUGCACCACUUUUCUUCAAGAAGGUCCUGUAGUCAGUCACCAUCUCCCUUCUUUUAAACGCAAAACACAAAGAUCAUGCAGACGGAUCCAGUGCUGGUGGAAUCGUUAGUGGUGUUCUCUAUCGUCCUGUGUGUGCACAUGGCAGUGUGGAACCAGCUAUCAUGGUGUUGCAUCGCUUUGGCUGUCCAGGCCUUCUACGUCCAGCACAAGUGGGAUCGCCUCCUCCGAACAGGAGCAGCGGUCUUCCAGUUCCGCCCUUCAGCAAACAGUGGCGUCCUUCCAGCCAGCAUGCUGCUCCCAUUGCUGGGCCUUACUUUGCGUGGCAGAUGCGUCGCUGUGGGGAAUGUGCACUUUGAGCGUUUCGCGAUGGUGAUCACAGUAACAGGGAUGAUGCUGGCGCUGUUUUUGUCACUCAUUGCGCUGGGAGUCACGCGACCGGUGCCCAGCAACACCUGUGUGAUUACAGGAAUUGCCGCCAGUGCCAUCCUUUACACCGUCAAACAGACGCUGCUGGUUUCGGAAGUGAUUGAGGUUUUGGAGGUGCUGCUCAUCUUUGUCUACUUAAGCCUGAUCCUUCUCUAUCUCCUUCCUCGCUGCUUCACCCCCGGAGAAGCCCUGCUAAUCCUUGGUGGCCUCAGCUUCAUGAUCAACCAGUUGAUCAAGCGCUCACUGAGUGCAAGUCCAAAUACCAACGUCGACCCCCUCCAUUUCUUUCUCCCCGUAGCCGUGGCAGGACUGGUGUUGCUCGGCCUUGUCUUUGCGCUCCUCUUCCUCUUUAUGGAAUCCGAAACAUGGGCAGCGUCGGUGUUUUUCCAUGUCAUGACGGCCGUUCUUGGCUUGGGCUUGCUUGUUCCUUGGUUGUCCCUUACUGGACACCACCCUGUCAUCUGGAUUUUAGAAUUCCUCACUCAGAAUAUCACCCGCCUCUGGUUGUUGGCAUACUGGACAUUCCUGAUUAUGGUUGCAGUGAUUGUGGUGGUGCGUCAGAACACCCGGCGCUCAGAAGACACAAAGAAGUACCAAGCCUCUACGGCUGUACGAAAGUACUUCCACCUCCUAAUCGUGUUGACCUUCGCACCCGGGUUGGCACUCGAUCGCCCGCUGUUGCACCUGGCAGCUGUCGUAUGUCUAGCGCUGUUCAUUUUCCUGGAACUGGUGCGAAUUUUCCGGAUCCGCCCACUGGGCUCGGUGUUGCGCAGGUCACUGGCUCUCUUCCUAGAUGAUAGAGACUCGGGGCUAAUUAUCAUCACGCACAUCUACCUGCUCGUAGGAAUUUCCAUACCUGUGUGGAUCUCGCAAACACCAUGCAUGUCAAAAGGAGGAGUUGCAGGCACUGGGGGACUGGCACCCUACGCCGGUGUCCUGGCCGUAGGAGUUGGAGACACUGUAGCAUCUAUUUUUGGGAGCACGGCAGGUGAAAUUCGCUGGCCAGGCACCAAAAAGACUUUUGAGGGCACAGCGACCUCCGUGUUCGCCCAGAUCAUCGCUGUGGCCAUAUUCUUGAUAGCGGACGCCGGCAUCAACUUAAACGCCAGCUAUUCGUGGGUGGUGGGCUCCAUCGCUCUAGUAGCCAUGCUGGAGGCGUACACGUCACAGAUCGAUAAUCUCCUGUUGCCGCUGUAUUUAUAUGUCCUUCUGAUGUUAUGAGCAUGCGCAAGCACACGUACACACCCAGUUCUUUACAUUACUACUGUAUGUACAAAAACAUUCGGAAAUAUAAAACUCUACACAAAAACUGUAGGGUUCAAAGGUUUGCAUCCCUUUUCAGGAACUGUUUAUUUUCUAACUUAUUAUGAAAGAAUUACUUACUUGUUUUUAGGAUUCAAUUUAUUUAUUUUAAUGCAAUGAAAUCUGAAUAGUGGAUGAUGAAAUCAUACUGUGGUCCAUAGUAAGGGAAAUAAACAUCAGUGGAAAAAAACUACA